CACGCGCGUCGUUUACCCGUCCGUUCCGCCGUCGUCGCCGCACACGUGCGCGUUUCGUUUCGCCGCCGGUCACGCUAUUGUUUUAUAAUUUGUACCUGUACACUACGCCGAAACUUUUAAUAUAAUAGUUACCCCCCUUUUUUUUUUUUUUUUUGUCGACUUCGUCUUUCGCGCGACACACGCCGGAAACGAGGACCUCUCGCCAUGGAGGACUCGGGUUCCGCCGCGACAAACGGCCCGUACACCGUCGGCCAAGUGCAGCAACAGCAACAGGAGGCGCAGAGUUUCCGGAAACAGUCCAAGAAAAUCGGCCGGAAACUUUCCCGCCGGUUGUCGUUGAUCGCCAAAGUGCCGAACAUUUUCAACGUGAAAUCAAACGCCGCCAACCAGCCGACCGCCGACGGUCACCGCGGUUCGGCCGCGCCGCCGGCCGCCGACGACGGUUCGGCCGGCCGCACACACGAGAUCACCGUCAUCGCACCGGACAAGACCCAACGAAUGCUCACCGGCAACAGUAAUUCGUCGCUAAGACAACUGCUCGCCGGUUUGGUGUUCGAAUUCAGUUUGGAGCAACCCGGAUACUACUUGGGCGGUUCAUUCGCUGAAAUCGACCCAAAUGCCCGCAUCGGCUGUCUGGAAGGGGACAUAGUGAUCGUCCGGGAAGAUCAAUACAGGCCAGAAGAUCCAGCACACGAAGACGAUCCGAGGUAUUGUUCGGCCGGCAAGUUCGUUCACGAAGAAACGGCAUACGUGACUUGUCUGAAGUCGGCCAAAGAGCUGUACGGCGAGCCGUUGCGAAAAAUGGAAGUAUUGUCGCCCGAAGAAUACGACCUACUGUUCGGCAAACUUACCCAAGUCGUCGACGAAUGCCUUCGGGUCGUCCAAGAAUUGAAAUCCACUGUGGACCAAUGGGACCCAGAUACAUCACAAAUCGGCAGUUUGUUCAGUGGCAGUUUCUGGGACCGUUACGACGAAUACCUGGACGUUCACCGACACGCCAAAGAGUUGCUGCGAGAAAAGGCAUCGCUGGACGAGGAUUUCGUGGCGUUCUGCGUUCAGAGAAAAGGAGUUGCUAAACAUUCCUUACGCGACAUCCUCGAUUUGCCGGUGCACAGGCUUGCCCAAUACGAAACGUAUUUCCAGAGUUUGCUGGACGAUACCAGACCGGAACAUGGACGAGGCGCCGAGUACCACGACCUCUGUAUGGCCAACAGCACCGUCAAACAAACUAUAAAACGUGUUCACGAGCAAAGCGAUUUGGAACGAAUUCAAGAUGUAUUCCCCAACGACUUCCUCAGGCUUUACGAUAAAGAAGCGCUCACAAUGAAAAUGAAAGGGUUAAUCCGAAAGAGGGGUGGAACGGGAACGGCCGCUCUUCGGCGGGCCCUGUCGUCCAAGUCUCUGCGGUCGGAGUCGCCUCCCAGCACUCCCAAUAAGGUCAGGAGCGACAGUCCCAGGAAAUUCAUCAUGGAGUCGCCGGUGCAAUUCAUAAACGGUGUCCAUUGCCAGGAACGUCACCUGUUCUUGUUCAACGACCUACUGCUGGUGGCCAAGGCGAAAUCGGGUGGCAAUUUCAAGCUUAAGGACAAGGUGAGGGUGUCGGAAAUCUGGUUGAACGACACGCCGGCCGUCUUGGACGAAGUGGCCGAAAUUCCGAGGUCUUCGGAUACGUCUUUCGUCAUCGGAUGGCCGACUACCAACUACGUAGCAGUGUUUAGCACUCAAGCUACUAGGAAUUUAUGGUGGUCGAAAUUGGUGGAAGAAUCGCAAGAAGAAAUCCGAAAAGAGCCGCCGACCACUAACAUUCAAGUGUUCUACCAAGAUCUCAACACUGGAAUAGAAUACUGUAAAACGUUUUCAAUCGGUCCGGACGAGAGUGCCAAGGAUUGUGUAAAAAUAGCCUUGGACCAUUUGGAAAUGCGAGACGUGGACCCGGCACAGUUUCAGCUGUGGGCCAAGACGCCCAGGGAAGAACCUCCUUAUCCGCUGUUCGGCCACGAGAAACCCUAUUCGGUCAAGCUGAGCUGUCUCAGGGACGGACUUAGCGCAGAAGAGGGUUUCGACCUGGACCACUGCAACAACAUACACGACCCGUUGGCCAGGUGUCAUUUCAUCUUGAGAAAUUUAAAAGCUCAAGAAAUUGAGUCUAGCAAAAAAACCCCAAAAAAAUCUUCGGGUCGCAUAAAGAUCGGUCAAGUUUUCAAGAAAACAAGCAGCAACAAGGAAAACGGUGGAAACCUGUUCGGAGUUCCUCUCAACCGAGUUUGCGAUGGCGACAAUCUCCCGAAGCCGGUUAUGGCGAUGUUGCAUCAAAUAUUCUCCAAAGGACCUUUUACUCAAGGAAUAUUCAGAAAGUCAGCAAACGCCAGACUAGUGCGUGAGCUACGCGAGAAAAUGGAUAGUUGCGAUGACGUGUGUCUAGACAACGUUCCUGUGCUGGUUACCGCUGCUCUGCUCAAAGACAUGUUACGUUCGUUGCCCGAUCCUUUAUUGUGUACCAGUCUUUUCCCAAAAUGGCGAUCCGCUUUGGACUGUUCCAAUUUACACACAAAAUUGUACAGAAUCAAAAUGAUCAUUGAUCAGUUGCCUAAACCUAAUUAUCAUCUACUGUGCCACUUCUUGUGUGUUCUCUAUCAUAUAUCCAGGCGUUCCACGCAUAACCUUAUGUCGGCAGCUAACCUGGGUGUUUGUGUUGGACCGUCUUUACUAUGGUCCGACUCGCCUGCCAUGUGCCCUACCGAAGAUUUAAGGACUGUACCCGCUUUAGUCGAGAUACUGAUUACGCAUUGUGAAGUCUUGUGUGGACCGCAUGUGCCAAAUCUACUCGGCGACCCCAGGGAUUCCGGAACCGAAGAAUCUGAUUCUAUGAGAAGAGACGAUUCUUCGAUUGACAGUUUAGAAGUCAGUCCACCGCCGAGAAAAGAUCAAAUAUCUUUAAGCCGAGAUUCGGGUCUUACCCUGUCCGAUUCACAACUUUACACGCCAGACGAAGAAGAAAGCGGAUCUACCAGUUCUAGCGGGUACGAUCCGGCAUUUGACCCGCAUUCAAAAGUUACGCCCACCAUGUCCAUGCCGGGAGAAUACAUUCGUGUUUACCCAGGCUGGGAAGAACGGAAAAACGCCAACUUCCAAAGACAAGCUUGGUUCAGACAACGGUCUAAGCGACUCAGCUCUAGCGCUCUUAACAAAGAAGUCGUACGACGAAGUGCUUCCGAAGAAUCCAUGUUGGACAAUGUACCUCCUCCGACGCCACCCAGGAGGAAUAAACCCACUGUCGGCGUUCAGCCCAAUCGGGUGUCCCUGCCACCGUCUCAAGAUUACCACAAAGUCGACUACUAUAACAUCGGCAAAAGUUCCGAGGUUGUAGUCAAAUCAUUGCAUCCGAGCAACUAUAACACUGAACUGACAAUAAAACCGGUGUUCAAGGAGGAAGUAAAGACCCAAAUGGCACCGAUCAGAAGGGUAUCGGAAGUGAUAUCCGAAAGACGAUAUCAAACCGAAGAAUGCAAUAACGCUGGAGACAAAGAAGAGGAUUCCAGUACUUUGUCCGAUGAAGAUUGCACGCCACACGUUUCUCGGAGUAACUCUAGAGGGAACGAAGUUGCUACCGAUUCGUUGAAACUGCGGCAUUUACCGCCCGUCCACGUUGACAACACUGUAAAAUUGCGUGGCCGAUUAAAACGCAAGGAAGAAAAAGCCGUGGCCGCUGCAAGGUCGAGAUCGCUGCCUCCGCCACCUCCUUACAGACCUCCGCCGCCGGCUAAUCGUCGGGCGCCAAUCACUUCGUAUUACCUUGGUGAAUGUAGUCAAACGCAACGUUUCGUCGUCACCAGAGCAUAUGCCGACGAAGAAUCAUACGUUUAACAAUAUAUUAUACUCUAAUGUGUAUCGGAUAAAAAAUAAUUGUAUAUAAUUAUCACUAACGCUUGACAAUAAAGUAUAAAACUACUUAAGUUACCUGUCGACUUAAACAAGAUGAGCUAGGCUAUUAUUAUUAUUAUUUUUUUUUUUUUUACAUAAAAUGUUCCUGAUCGAUUAAGUCUAUGCCCACGUUUAAUAUGUCGAGUAUUGACAAUAAAUUAUAAUUUUUUAUUUUAAGAUUUUUUUUUUAUAUACAUAUAUAAUAUAUAUAUAUAUUUAAAUGAAUUCAAUUGAAAUGUAUUCAAUAUGCUCAUUGAAAAUGAUCAAAUCAUAAAAUUAGGAGUUGCACAAGUACAAAAGUACCGAACGACAUAAAAAAAACCAGUGUUAAACUUUAUGAUAUUAUAUUAUGUCGAAAUUGAAAUAUUAACGAUAUACUUAAGACUUUGAUUAAGUAAAUAAUAAUUUUUAAAGCACUGUGAUUUUAUGUUAUGUACAGUAUCGAUAAACAGUUAUAUUUAUUUUGAUUUAAUAGUUAUUUAUCUUACCAAUAAGACUAUAAAACUUGUGCUUCCGUGCACACUAUACCGAAGUAACAUAAUAUAUACAAAUAUUUAUAUAUUUUUUAAUUAUUAUUCUUAACCAUAUUAUGUAUUUAUAUAUAUAUAUCUGUACUUAUAUUACGUAUGUUGUUUACUAAAAUUGUGCAUUUUUUUAUUACGCAAAAAAAGUUCUAUUAUUA